ACCGGUGAUCACUCCAGAACUUGGUGCUUUCGUGCUGUGCGCCCCCCUCCUUCACGCCUGGCGGAGGAGCGCAGCUUUCUGCAGGGAUGAGAUAGCUCCCAGCAGCCUGCAACAGCAGCAGCAGCAGCAGCAGCAGCAGCAGCAGCCUGCAAACACAGAGAAGAGGAACCAGAAGCUGUAGAGGAAGACGAGGAGGAAGGAGGAGGCGAGCGGAGCUCUCUGGGCUUGCUCCUGCAUCAUCUUCCUCAGCUGCUGCUGCAGCAAACGCCGCUUCUCCCUGGGGAGAGCUUCCCCAGCCUUGGAGAGCUGGUUCUCCCCCAGGAAAAGGCCAUGGCAGAGCUGCAGAGGCUGGGGCAGCUUCUCCUCCUCUUCCUCCUGGGCCUGGCCUGCCUCUGGCUGCCCACCACCUGCCGGAAAGCCCCCAGGCCUCCCCCCUGCCCGCCCAGCUGCUCUUGCACCAGAGACACAGCUUUCUGCGUGGACUCCAAAGCCAUCCCCAAGAGCCUGCCUCGGGAUGUCAUUUCGCUGACCCUGAUAAAUGCAGACUUCAGUGAAAUCAAAGAAGCCGCCUUCGCUCACCUCCCGUUCCUGCAGUUCCUCUUAUUGAAUUCCAACAAGUUUUCCUUGAUUGGGGACAAUGCGUUCACUGGACUCUCUCACCUGCAGUACUUGUUCAUCGAGAACAACGACAUCCAGGCUCUGUCGAAAAAUGCCUUUCGUGGGCUCAAGUCCUUGACACACUUAUCUUUGGCCUACAACAAUCUGCAGACACUGCCCAGAGGCCUCCUGAAACCCCUGGACAUCUUGAGCGACCUAGACCUGCGGGGCAACUCGUUGACCUGUGACUGCAACAUCAAGUGGCUAGUGGAGUGGAUGGAGAGCACAAACACAAGCAUCCCCGCCGUUUUCUGUGGGAGCCCCGCUCAGUACCAAGGCCAAAAGAUCCGGGACCUGCCCCUCAAGGACUUUGACUGCGUCACCACAGACUUCGUGGUGCACCAGGUCCUGCCUUUCCAGUCUGUGUCCGCAGAGCCGUUCCUGUACUCCAGCGACCUCUACGUAGCCCUGGCCCAGCCCAGUUCCAGCAGCUGCAGCAUCCUCAAGUGGGACUAUGUCGAACGGAAGCUGCGGGACUUUGACCGCAUCCCUGCUCACUCGGCCAUUUACUGCAAGCCCAUCGUGGCCGAGUCGCAACUAUACGUUGUGGUGGCCCAGCUCUUUGGCGGCUCCUACAUCUACCGCUGGGACACCAACAUCGACAAGUUCAUCAAGAUCCAGGACAUCGACAGCCAGAAGAUCCGCAAGCCCAACGACAUCGAGGCCUUCCAAAUCGAGGGCGAGUGGUUCUUCGUCAUUGCCGACAGCUCCAAAGCUGGCUCCACCAGCCUCUACCGCUGGAACCAGAAUGGCUUCUACUCCCACCAGGACCUGCACUCGUGGCACCGUGACACGGACGUGGAGUACCUGGAGGUUGACGGCAAGCCCCGGCUGAUCAUCUCCAGCAGCUCCCAGGCCCCCAUCAUCUACCAGUGGAACCGCUCACAGAAGCAGUUCCUCCACCUGGGCGAUGUGGCAGAAGUGAUGGACGUCCAGAUGGUCAAGCACUUCCGGGUCAAGAGGGACAACUUCCUGUGCCUGAGCCGCUACAUUGGCGACUCCAAGGUGGUCAAGUGGGAGGGCCUGCGGUUCACGGAGCUGCAGACCUUGCCCUCCCGAGGCUCCAUGGUGAUGGAGCCGUUCCGCGUGUCCCAGCAUCAAUAUAUGGCCCUGGGGAGUGACUUCUCCUUCACCCACAUCUACCUGUGGGAUGAAGAGAAGCAGAAGUUUGCAAAGUUCCAGGAACUCUCUGUGCAGGCCCCCCGCGCCUUCCGCCCCAUCCCUUUGGAGGACAUAGAUAUCCUGCUGGCGCCCAGCUUCAAGGGGAACACACUGGUUUACAAGCAUAUCGUGGUAGACCUCAGCUUGUAGGGCAGGUAGGUCACUGCUGUCCCCGGCCUGCACGCACACGCACACACUUUCUUCAACUGGAGGUGGGUACCUGAGCACUGUAGUCACUUGGAUAAAGGCUGCUUACUCAUUCCCCGCCCUUCUCUCCAUGGCAAGGAUAUAAGCUCAGGCCCUCCUCGAUGCAGAGGCUCCUCCAGACCACAAAAGGGACCUAACAUACACUCACAUACUCCUAUAUCGACCUGGAUGUAUAUGCAAUAAUAAUAACACACCCCUAGACCUCACGUCAUUAACUCCAUGCAACGCUGACCAAGCGUCCCGGUUGAAAUGCAAAUCUUGUUGCCAAAUUUCAGCACCGAAGUAACUCUCCACCCACACCCACACACACACCCCAAACACAUGAAGCUCACCGGAAUAAUGACCACACUUGGAAAUGACCUUUUGAGGUGAUCCCUUGAGCGUGUAAGAGUUGAAAUGUUACGUUUCCACACUUGGGAUUUCCUCUGGGGUUGCCACUUUUGGUUUUUUAAAGUGCACACACACGACACCGUCGUCCUCAAAUCGCUGUUCUCCUGCCUUCCCCGACCCUGGUUUCUUCCAUUUCUUUUGAGAUCUCCCAAAAGCUUUGUUUUGUUUUGUUUUUUAAGGAAUGGAAUAGCAUCCUGAGUGCAAACCAUGAUGAAAGUGCAGUAGAAAUGAUGUCUGGAGGGCCCCAUAGACCCAGCUGGCCCCUGCCAAUCCACCCCAAUCCAUUAACAGGGAGCUCAACACAAACCAAACAUCCUUUGCUCCAUACUUCCUGCCUUGCAACAAAUAAACCCUGAUUCUGCACACACACACACACACACACACACACACACACACACACACACACACACUUUUUAUAGCUCUGCACCAGCAGCUCCCAGCUGACUUCCAGCUGUGCCUCUAACAUCCCAAUUUUUUCCUGACUGGUCCAUCAGCUCUUACUAACCUCUAAACCUACAGCAACUCUCAUCCUAAGAAAGCCACUUUCUAGCUGUUGGGGCAUAGCUGCCAAGUUUUCCCUUUUCUCGCGAGGAAGCCUAUUCAGCAUAAUGGAAUUUCCCUUAAAAAAAGGGAUAACUUGGCAGCUAUGUGUUGGGGACAGAGAGCUAGAAAACAUAACGGUGAAUGGAUUGGGAAUCAGGUAGCAAGUAAAGAGACAUAAAUAUCAAAUAUGCAACCCCUACCAUGAUUUCUAAGCUCGUUUGCAGAUUUCUGAGGGUCCAUAAAACAUUAUUCCACAUAGUAAGAGGAAUAUGCUGGAAGAUAUCACAGGAUCGAGACCAGACAUCCAUAUGGAUAAUGCAACUGAGGCAUACAGUUUAUGAUUAUAUGAAGACAGUUACUAUAUGCAGCUAAUUUAUUAUGCAACUAAAAUAUGUGACUUUGGCAGCAGACGUCUCUCUAUAUUUUUACAUAUUCCCCAAAGAGUACUCAGUCCUGCUUAUUGCUUCUCGUUAGGCAAAAAGUGUAUUAAGAAAAGAGCAGAGCCUGCUUUCAGUGUGGGCCAGAGGUGGCAGAUGGGUCUCUGUGACUCAAGGUGGUGCAUGGGGCAAACUCUUGCCCAAUUGGGUGGGUCGGCAUUGCAUGUAGUUCGCUUUGCCAGCUCAGGGUGGCUGCAGCUUGACAUAGCUCCCUCCUCCAAAUCAAGGCUGGCUUUGAGCCUCUUGGGACUGGCUCAGGAGAGAUGGAGGAGCAGCAGAAGGCGGGACUUGCUGUUUCCCAGUCCCAGAAUAAAGUGAAUGGGAUUUUGACCUACUGGAGAUAACCCCUGCUAGCAUCAUUCAAUGGGCCAGCUUUCCCUGAACCAUUUGAAGCUUGGAGAAACCACAAUCAGACUCUUGGCCUUGGAAAGGACAGGCCCCAACAGCAAGAGGGCUUUCUGGAAAGGGUGGUAGAAGGAGGCUAUGGAAUCCAUAGGGCAAGCAGAACAUCCAAGUGUGCAAACAGAAGGAGAACAGCAAAACAGGCUAAACUCGGGGUAAGAACAGGAGCCAGGAUAGGGAGGAGGCUGGUAAUCUACGGCUCAGGCUGAAGAAUGUGGUGCAAAGGGUUAUAUAAAACAGAAAGUGGUGCAUGUUUGGACCACCACGGAUACCUGGGUUCAAGAGGGUCAUGUGAUUCCUGCAUUGCAGGGGGUUGGACUACUACAUGGCCCUUUGGGUCCCUUCCAACUAUGGGCAUAGAUGGAAAUCCAUGCACUGCCUUCCUUUAGUGGAAGGAGCAGGGCACCCAAAAGUGGUCUCCCCUUUUAAUUUGCAGUACUGUAUUUAUUAAAGCCUUUGGUGCAAUGGAGACCUUUUACACCUAACACUUCUAAAGGCAGAGUAUAGUCAAUGCUAUUUUUCUAGAAAAAGAGGUGCUGGAACUCACCAUGAACGCCUCCCUUGUUCCAGUGUGGUGUAGUGGUUAAGAGAGGUGGACUCGUAAUCUGGGGAACUGGGUUCGCUUCCCCGCUCCUCCACAUGCAGCUGCUGGGUGACCUUGGGCUACUCACACUUCUUUGAAGUCUCUCAGCCCCACUCACCUCACAGAGUGUUUGUUGUGGGUGAGGAAGGGAAAGGAGAAUGUUAGCCACUUUGAGACUCCUUCGGGUAGUGAUAAAGCGGGAUAUCAAAUCCAAACUCUUCUUCUUAGAAUGGCAUGCAGAGGGUCCUACACCCAACCCAUAGUAUCCCUUGGUAGGGCUGGGAAAGACUCCAGGUUGAAACUCAGCUGACUCUCCCUGCCUUCUGUCCAGUUUUCCUUCAUCACGUCAUGUAGGAACCCACGCCCUGCUUGUGGGUUUCCUACAUGCAUCUGGUUGGCCACUGGAUGCCAAACUUGAUGGGCCAUUGGCCUGAUCAAGCAGGACUCUUCUUAUGCUCUUAGAUUAGUGGUCCUCCUUGUGGGCUUCCCCAUUGGGGCACCUGGUUGGUCAUUGUGGGAACAGGAUGCUGGACUAGAUGGGCCAUUGCCCUGCUCCAACAGGCUCUUCUUCUGUCCUCACUAGACCUCGCCCUCGCUCCCCACGGCCACCUUUCCCCAAGGCGAUGGAGAAAAGCAUCUGAAGCCACGGAGAAUAGCCAUGCACAGCAACAGCAAUAGCAGGGUGGGAAAAGGGACAGUUCAACUCCCCUCGGCUCUGCAUUGCUUUUGGUGUGAAAUGUAGUGUGCAGACACACACACCACCCUGUCUGGAUUCAGACAUGUAAGGCCCAUGCACAUGAAGAACACAAGUGUGAUGGCCUCGUCCCUGUGGUGGGAGUUAUGUUGCAAUCCUAACCCCCCGACUUUGAAGUAAGCCCUAUUGAAUUAAAAGGGGCUUACCUCUGAGUGGUUAUGGUGAGGAUUGCAGCCUUUCUUCCUUUUGGAUGGAUAGCAGAGUGCCUCUGGGCCUACACAGAGAAUCUGCGUCUCACCAUUCCGGAACUUGGGUUUCUCUUGUCUUCAGCCAAGAUAGCCUUGGCAGGUAGGUGUGGAGGCUGCUCAAAAUUAGGAAAUACCAACAGCAUUUUGAAUUCUCAAGGAGGAUGAGCUUCGGCAUCUGUGCUGGGAGGAACCCGAGGAAAAAUAUCGGGGGGGGGGGUGUAAUUUCCAGGGGGAGGCUGUUGACUUUUCCUUCGCCUCACCUGCCCAGUGCUAUCCAUUAAAUAAUUUAAAGGGUGAAGUGAAGCUUCCAUCAGGACGCUCGGACCUUUCCUAGGGAAGGCAUGAUAUUAAGCAGGUGGGGGAGACCCAUAUGGAAAGGAGCAAGAACAGGACAGACACUUCUCACGACAGACACUUCUGCUUAAGCACAUACGAAAUGCACUUGGGAAUGUGCACUGUGAAAAAUAGUGGCACCUCUACACCUUUUAAUUUGACUUGGGAAAUUUAAUUCGUUGUAAUAAA